CUCAAGUGACGACGAACUUGCGAGUGAGUGUGUAUGUGUGACUGUUGUGAACUCUCUCUCUUCUUCUUCGAAUGUGACGAGAAGAAGUUACGAAAGGGUUCAAUUCAAGUGGUAAAGUCUUUAUCUUUGAGUUCAUGAUUCCGGUUCUGAGUAGUGUGAAGCAAGCUUUGGAGUAAUGGACAAAAUUAGUCAUUUGUCGGAUGAUUUACUAAUCAAGAUAUUAUCAUUAGUUCCAACAAAAGAUGCCAUCGCCAUGAGCACUUUGUCUAAACGAUGGAUGUCUCUUUGGACAUUGGUGCCAAGACUUGUCUUUGAUGAUUACUCAGACUCAGAGUCAGAGGAUGAAGAGAAUCAAUCCAGAAACUUGGCGCAGUUUGUUUCCGGGACGUUGCUGUUACAUAAAGCAGCGGUUCUUGAAAGCUUUCAUCUCAACAUUGCUUCUUCAGAAUGUAGCGGUUCCGAGGUACCAUGGUGACAUCAGAAGAGGAAGAGUCAUCUACAUCUAGUCUUGAAAGGAAGAUCCUUAAGUCAGUCACCACAGCUAUGACAACCAUGCUUGAUGCUAGACUUGGCGCUCUACACUUGAAUCAACCAAACCCGGAAGCAAAUCAGCAUCAAAGGCAGAACCAGGAGGAACCAAGGCAAGACGACGAAACCAGGCGGUACUAUAGCCACGGUUCUUCACACAGCAGUCAGCGGAGGCGUCGACGUGAACGUCCAGUACCAAGAGAUCCGUUAGGAGGUCUUAAGUGCAAGAUCCCAGCCUUUCACGGAACCAGCAACCCGGAUACCUACUUGGAGUGGGAACAGAAAAUCGAGUUAGUGUUUGUUUGUCAAGAGGUCACCGAGGUCAACAAAGUUAAACUUGCCGCAACCGAGUUCUACGACUAUGCUCUAAGUUGGUGGGAUCAGCUUGUUACCAGCCGCAGACGUACCGGAGACAUGCCGAUCGAUACAUGGAACCAGCUGAAAACCGUCAUGCGAAGGAGAUUUGUGCCGAGUUAUUAUCACCGCGAUCUUCAUCAACGUUUGAGGAACUUAGUUCAAGGAAGCAAGACUGUCGAAGAGUACUUCAAGGAAAUGGAAACCCUAUUGCUAAGAGCUGAUGUUCAUGAAGAUGGAGAAACUAUGAUGUCACGAUUCAUGGGAGGUCUCAACCGCGAAAUCCAAGACCGUCUAGAAACCCAGCAUUAUGUGGAAAUUGAGGAGAUGCUUCACAAAGCAGUCAUGUUCGAACAGCAAAUCAAGAGGAAGAACUCUCGAUCCAGCUACAGCUCCGCUAAGACCAGCUACAGCUCAGGUAAGUCAAGUUAUCAAAAGGAGGACAAGCCCGGCUACCGGAAGGACUACAAGCCAUUCGUCAAGCCAAAGCCGUUUGAGUCAGACCCGAAAGGUAAGGGUAAGGAAGUGAUCACGAGGACAAGGGAUAUUCGUUGCUUUAAGUGUCAAGGACUUGGACAUUACGCAAGCGAAUGUGUCAACAAAAGGAUCAUGGUUCUUAAGGAUAAUGGCGAGGUGGAGUCUGAAGAAGAGCGUUCGGAAAACGACUCUGUGGAAGAGGGUUUGGAAGCCCCAGCUAAAGGAGAGCUGCUUGUCGCUAGGAGAUCGUUGAGUGUUCUAACCAAAUCAGAGGAGCAAGCACAAAGGGAAAACUUGUUCCACACGCGAUGUAUUGUCAAAGACAAGGUAUGUAGCUUGAUUAUUGAUGGUGGAAGUUGUACUAACGUUGCAAGCAGGACUAUGGUGGAAAAGCUUGGCCUAGAAGUUCUCAAACAUCCAAAACCAUAUGCAUUUCAAUGGCUCAACAAAAAAGGUGAGAUGUCCAUCAAGGAGCAAGUCAAGGUGCCACUUUCAAUUGGUAAGUAUCAGGACGAAAUCAUGUGUGACAUACUUCCGAUGGACGCUAGCCACAUUCUUCUUGGACGUCCAUGGCAAUCAGACCGACAAGUUCACCAUGAUGGUUUCACCAACCGACACACCUUCGAGCACAAUGGCCGAAAGACGACUCUCAUUCCAAUGACGCCGCAUGAGGUCUAUCUAGAUCAGCUUAGCAUGAAACAGCGAACCUCCAAACAAACUGAACCAACCGAUAACAAGAGUAAGAGCAAGGUAAGUCACAAUAGUUUGCUAUUUGUUUAUAAAGAAACUCUUGCUUGUUCUACUAACCCCGAACCGGUGCUACCGAGUAAAGUUGAGUUGGUUUUGCAAGAAUAUAGUGAUGUGUUUCCGGAGGAUAAUCCCAUUGGUCUGCCACCAAUCCGAGGGAUCGAACAUCAAAUCGACUUUGUGCCGGGAGCCGCUCUACCGAACCGACCAGCCUAUCGCACCAACCCAACCGAAACAAAGGAGCUUGAAAGACAAGUGAACGAGCUGAUGGACAAAGGACAUAUUCGAGAAAGCAUGAGUCCAUGUGCCGUUCCAGUGUUGCUAGUACCAAAGAAAGAUGGGAGUUGGCGAAUGUGCGUGGACUGUCGAGCCAUCAACAACAUAACGGUUAAGUAUCGCCAUCCUAUCCCUAGAUUAGAUGAUAUGCUUGAUGAAUUGCAUGGUUCUAGCAUCUUUUCUAAGAUUGAUCUUAAAAGUGGAUAUCAUCAAAUCCGUAUGAAAGAAGGUGAUGAGUGGAAAACGGCUUUUAAAACCAAACAAGGGUUAUAUGAAUGGUUAGUCAUGCCGUUUGGGUUAACUAAUGCGCCUAGCACUUUCAUGAGAUUGAUGAAUCAUGUCCUUAGGAAGCAUAUUGGUGUAUUUGUUGUGGUCUAUUUUGAUGACAUUUUGGUUUAUAGCAAGAACUUAGAAGAUCAUGUCAUGCAUCUUAGACUUGUUUUGGAUUUGCUUCGCCAGGAAAAGCUUUAUGCGAACUAUAAGAAGUGCACCUUUUGCACAUAUAAUCUUGUUUUCCUAGGCUUUGUUGUGAGUGCAGAUGGAAUCAAGGUUGAUGAGGAGAAAGUCAAGGCAAUCAGAGAUUGGCCAAGUCCUACAAAUGUGAGCGAGGUGAGGAGUUUUCAUGGCUUAGCAGGGUUCUACCGAAGUUUUGUCAAGGACUUCAGCACUAUUGCCGCCCCACUCACGGAAGUGAUUAAAAAGGACGUUGGUUUCAAAUGGGAAGCUGCACAAGAAAAUGCAUUCCAGGCUUUGAAAGAGAAGCUUACUAAUUCCCCUGUUUUAAUUCUUCCAAAUUUUAUGAAAACUUUUGAGAUUGAGUCCUCAGGCAUAGGUAUUGAAGCUGUU